AUGUCGGCGACGGCAGCGAAGGCCAGUAGCACAACAUCCCAGACUUUCGUCACUUCGCUGGUGACGAAUGUUGCGCUCUUGGCGGUGGAAGUUGGUGCUUUCACGAUCCUCAAGUCGCGAUUAGGGCGCAUAUAUACCCCUCGGACAUUCCUCCCUCCGCCCGACAAACGUGCGCAAGAGCUGCCCACAGGCAUAUGGCGAUGGGUGCCUGCCGUACUGCUGUCCAACCCCAAGGAUAUUAUUCAUAAGAAUGGAUUGGACGCGUACAUGUUUUUACGAUGGAUGAAAAUGGUUAUCAUCAUAUUCUUCGUUUUCACGCUCGUCACCUGGCCUAUCUUGCUCCCGGUCGACGCUGCGGAUGUCAGAGGCUCGUCCCAACAAGGCCUCACCAAGCUUUCCUGGAGCAAUAUCACGUCUUCCCUGGACAAUCGGCUCGCCGCACACAUCGUCGUCAUAUACCUGCUCACCUUCUUCGUUUUUUAUAUGAUCCGUCGCGAGAUGCUCCACUUCGUGCAUAUUCGGCACCAAUAUCUGAUCAGCAAGUCGCACUCGCACCAAGCCCGCGCUCGAACGGUCCUUGUCACUUCGCUCCCGGAGGAGCUGGGCGAAGAACAUCAACUACGGGAGUUCGCCAGUUUCGUGCCUGGAGGCGUGGAACACAUAUGGAUCUAUCGCGAUACCAAGGAGCUCAACAAGAAAUUUGAAGAAAGACAGAAGGCCUGUGCCCAACUGGAAAAGGCGUGCUCCAAGCUCCUCCGCACCGCGACGAAGAAUUGGAACCGUCGCCAGUCCGCCCAUACAAAGGAGGUCAAGAAGGUCGAUAAGAUGCGGAGAAAGGGAAAACUGGAGACGGACGCGGAGAAGCUCAACCUCCCGCAAUCCGUCUUUGAUCCCGAUCCUCUCAAGCCGCAGGCCGCAUCGUUAGACUCCUUGAAGGAUCUCGUACCGGAAAGCCAAUGGCCGAGGCAUAGGAUCGGUCCAUUGCAUGCUCUGGGAAUAGGACGUAAAGUGGACACGAUCGAGUACUGCAAGGACGAGAUCGGGCGCUUGAACGAGGAAAUCGAUCAGCUGCGUCACCGGCUAGGCAACGAGAAGCCCCUGGGCUCCGCCUUCAUCGAAUGUAAUCUGCAACUCGGCGCGCACGUCUUGGCACAAUGUGUCAGCUACCAUGAGCCCUUGAUGAUGGCCGACAAAUGGCUCGAAGUGACUCCCAGAGACGUGAUCUGGAAGAACUUAGAUGAUGGUGCUUACGAGGUCCGGACACGAUAUGUCAUAUCCUGGGCCGCGACCAUUGCCCUCAUCAUCCUAUGGGCGUUCCCCGUCGCCUUCGUGGGGACAGUCAGCAAUCUGGAGGGCCUUUGCUCAGAGGCCAGAUGGUUACGCUGGGUUUGCAAGGCGCCGACGCCCGUACCCGGAAUUAUUACGGGCGUUUUACCUCCGAUACUACUUGCUAUACUCAUGCUACUUCUUCCCAUGAUCCUACGAUUUUUGGCGGUUUAUGAAUGCAUCCCGCUGCAUUCUCUGGUCGACGUCAGCGUCUACAAGCGUUACUUUGCGCUCCUUGUGAUACACGGCUUCCUCAUCGUCACACUUACCUCCGGCAUCACAUCCGCGAUUGCUCAGAUACUCGCUACGCCCGCACAAGCCGUCGAGAACCUCGCGAGGAACUUACCAAAUGCAGCUAUAUUCUUCUUGACAUACAUGGCCACGCAAGGUCUAAGUGGAGCUGCGAGCGCGUUGAUUCAACUUGGACCGCUCAUAAUGCAUUACGUCAAGAAAUGGUUCCUCGGGAGGACACCGAGGCAGGCCUACGGCGUAACCUUCCUCAUGCCAUCCGCGGACUUCGGUACUACUCUUCCCCGUCUUUCACUGCUCGCAACGAUAGGGUUCGCCUAUUCUGUGAUCUCACCGCUCAUUAACGGGCUUGCGCUACUCGGCUUUUCGCUCUUAUAUGUAGCCUGGAAGUUUUUGCUUACGCAGGUUUUCGAUCAGCCGGAGGAAGCUGAAACUGGCGGCUUAUACUUCCCUAUUGCAGUCUCGAACUUUUUUGUCGGACUGUAUAUCGAACAGAUUUGCCUCGCAUGCUUGUUCUUCCUGAAGGUUCCCGGCGCUAUCACCGCGCCGACGGUUUCGGCCGCAGGGCCCAUCGUCGAAGGUGUCUUGAUGUUGAUUCUCCUGGCCAUAACCUUUGCCUAUCAGUUGCUCGUAACGAGGAGUUUCAAGCGUACGUGCAACGGUCCACGCAUACAGCCAUGGCGUUCUCUCAUAAUCGACGCAUGUAGCUAUCACGGAGUAUUUACCGAUGUCCCUGGCGACAAAGAAGAUGGCACAACGAUACAGGAAGCACAGCACCACGCAACCUCACGACGGCGUGCCUAUCCCACUGCCUGGUCCGCUUAA